GCGGGCCAAGGCAAACAGCUGUUCAACCCCGCGAUUCAAUGUGCUGUCAAGCAAUCGUCAAAACAGUUCCCGUGGUCGCUGUUACGAAAAGUGCAGAAAAAAGGCAAUGAGGAGUAAAAGUUCAUGUGCACAACACUAAAGGAGAAAGUGCAUAAUAAUAAACAAAGUUAACUUGCAUGUGUGUAAGCAGAAAACGAUGGCGGAUAAGGAUAAGGAGCCAAAGACUCCAGCACCAUCGCCAACGGAAGAAGGCGGUGGUGAUAUUAUUACGGCAGCCAGCAGUGGAAGCAACAACAACAGCGCACAGGCACAGGGCAGCAACAGCACAAAUGUAAAGGUUUUAAUCAUUGGCGCUGGCAUGGCUGGUCUAUCUGCUGCCAAUCAUCUGUUGCAAAACGGCUGCAAAACAGAUGAGAUACUUAUUGUGGAGGCCAGGGGACGUGUGGGUGGGCGUAUUGUGUCCAUACCGCUUAGCAAUAAUCAAAAGGUGGAACUGGGCGCCAAUUGGAUACACGGCGUACUCGGCAAUCCCAUAUUUGAGAUAGCCGUACAGCAUGGUCUAGUCAGCGUUGUGAAUGUACCAAAGCCGCACAAAGUGGUGGCCACCACUGAGGAUGGACAUCAAGUUCCUUUCAACAUACUGCAGGAAAUCUAUGAGGCGUAUGUCUGUUUCUUACGCCGCUGUGAUGAGUAUUUUCUAUGUCAGUAUAGUCCGCCGCCUGAUAUCAACAGCGUUGGCGAGCACAUAAACUAUGAGAUCGAAAUCUAUUUGAGCUCUGUGCAGGAUCCUAAGGAGAAGCGCCUGAAGCAAUUGAUAUUCAAUUGUCUGCUCAAGCGCGAAACCUGCAUCACAGGCUGCCACAAUAUGAACGAAGUGGAUCUGCUCGAGCUGGGUAGCUACACAGAACUGCAAGGUGGUAAUAUUGUUUUGCCAGCUGGUUAUAGCUCCAUACUGCGUCCAAUGUGCGCACAGUUACCUAAGGAAUCCAUACUGACUAAGUGUCCGGUGAAAAAGAUACACUGGAAGCGAAAAAGAACUUUUACUGGCCUGGAUACCGUUGACGAGCAUUCGGAAAAUGAGGAUUCCGAUGACUCCUCAAAAACCGUCACUGAAGUACCAACGGCUGGUAAUGCACUGCGUGGCGCUUCCGUUGAAUCAAAUGCCAGCAGUAAUUGUGAUUAUGCCUUGGAGGGCAAAGUACGUGUGGACUGCGAUGAUGGGCGCAUUUUUCAUGCCGAUCAUGUGAUAUGUACCAUGCCCUUGGGUGUAUUAAAACAGACGCAUAAGACGGUAUUUGAUCCAGAGUUGCCGCACUAUAAACAAGAAUCCAUUGAGAAUCUCAUGUUCGGCACUGUGGAUAAAAUAAUUCUAGUAUAUGAUCGCCCGUUUCUCAGCGCGGACAUAUCGGAGGUGAUGCUGCUUUGGGAAGAUAAGAAGCACGACACCAGCAGCGAGGAAGAACUUGCUUCUGAGGCUUAUUUAAGUAAGAACUGGUUCAAGAAGAUAUAUUCCUUUGCCAAGAUCACUGAUACGCUGCUCCUGGGCUGGGUGUCGGGUCGUGAGGCAGAAUACAUGGAGACAUUGUCACACGAUGCGGUUGCCGAAAAGUGCACAGAAAUUUUGCGAAAUUUCCUGCAGGAUCCCUAUGUGCCCAAGCCAAAGCAGUGUGUGUGUACCAGUUGGAAAUCGCAAGCGUAUACUGGUGGCGCCUACACGUCCAUACCUGUAGGCUCCACGCAGGAGGAUAUUGAGAAUCUAGCACAACCUUUAUAUGCCACGCCGCAUGCCUUAAAGCCUGCGAUUGUGUUUGCUGGCGAGCACACGCAUUCCAGUUUUUACUCCACCGUACAUGGCGCCUAUUUGAGCGGUAGAACGGCGGCACAGUAUUUGCUGGCCAAUGACGAGCCGGAUGAAAUAAUUAUGGAGUCCGAUGGCAGCGAUUUAAGCGCCUGGAUGCAGGGCAUUGCACUGGACUGAGAUGAUCAACGACAACAAUAGCAUUACUGUAUUAUAAUUUAUUUUUGUCAAUAUUAUCGUAGCACUUUAUUUAUUUAUUGCCUUUUUUUUU